ACGGCUGGCUGCCCCACGGUCCGUUGCCCAUGUGUCGGCCCGGUGCGAGCUCCAUCGCGUGCGCUCACCGCACGUAAGGUCGCGCGGAAACCUUGGCGUCACAGCGGAAGCACCUCGAUUACCAAGCUCGUCGUCACUCAUUUGACGAUGCGGGCCCUAUAGGGUUGAGUGCAUUUUUAAUUUAUUUUUUCCCUCUAAAUUGGCGAACAUUUAUUCCUGUGUGUGCUUUUCUUUAAUUCCGAGGAUAAGGGCGACGAAGCGCCAGCGUUUCGCAGGCCUUGACGUUCGAGUGGACGAUCGGGCGACUUCAAGGCGCGCAAAUACUGAUCGAGGUGCACUCGUGGGGGCCUACGUGAGCUUUGCUAACCGUCUCCGAAUCUUCUGCCUUUAAAGGUGAAGCCUUGGAAUAAGUGAUUGUGCACGCCGACACGCGCUAGGUGGUGACUGAAAACGAGCGCACGAACGCUUGGAGACAUAAGACUUCAGGGACUUCCAGAGUGAACCCAGUGGUUUGUCCGAGGCUUGACCAUGUUGACCAAGGCGGACAUCCUGGCCGUGACUCUGCUGUUCACGCACCUCAAACCUGAGCAGCAACCGGAGUACUUCGACAUCCCGCCACCAGGAAUUUACAAGGAAUACGAUUACAUCAUAGUGGGCGGCGGCUCUGCGGGAUCGGUGCUGGCGAACCGGCUAUCCAAGGAGCCGUCGACGCGGGUGCUGCUGCUCGAGGCGGGCGGUCCGGAGGACACGGUGACCGAUGUGCCCUUCUUCACCACCGUCAGCCAGCACUCGGACAUCGACUGGGCAUUCUACACCGAGACGCAAGAGAACUGCGGCUUCGCCACCGUUAAGCAGAGAGACCUUUGGAUCCAGGGCAAGGUCCUGGGAGGCGGGAGUGUGCUCAACUACAUGAUCUACAACCGAGGCAACCGACGCGACUACGACAAUUGGGCUAAAGGGGGCGCCACUGGAUGGUCGUAUGAUGAAGUGCUGCCGUACUUCAAGAAGUCCGAGGACAACACAAACAGAAGCCUGGCAGAAGAAGGCUACCACGGCUACGGCGGCGAGCUUACUGUCAGCUCUACACAGUUUCAGACACCAGCUCUACACGCUUUCCUCAAAGCCGGCCAGGAGCUUGGUUACGAGGUCAAUGACCACAACGGAGCUCGGCAAACAGGCUUCAUGGCUAACCAGUUCACCGUGCGGGGUAAAGAGCGCUGGUCGACGUCGAAGGCGUUUGUGCUGCCCAUCACUGGCAAGAAGGGACGCAAGAACCUCCACGUAUCGAUCUUCUCCAAAGCCACAAAGAUCUUGUUCGACGGAAUGCGAGCAGUGGGCGUCACCUUCAAGAAGAACCAGCGUAAGCACACUGUUCGCGCAGCCAAGGAGAUCAUCGUAUCCGCAGGAGUCAUCAACUCACCCAAGCUGCUCAUGCUGUCGGGCGUUGGACCAAAGAAGCACCUCGAAGAGAUGAACAUUCCGGUGGUGGCGGAUCUUCCGGUUGGCGAGAAUUUGCAGGACCACGCUUUGGCCGCCGGAUCGCUGGUGCACCUGAACGAGAGCCUCGGCGAGGGAUUCACCGGCGUUAGGGGAGCCAUCGAGUACUACCGGUACAACACGGGACCCUGGACACUACCAGGCGGCAUCGAGGGCAUAGCUUUCUACAAGACCAAGUACGCUGACCAGAACGAUGACUUCCCCGACAUCGAGAUAAUGCUGAACACGGGUCCACCGGCUUCCAGCUACACCGAGCCUUUCCUCAUCGGGUUGGGGCUUAAGCAGGAGGUUUACGACAAGUACAUAUUGCCGCACCGCGGAGAGCCUGCAGUCAACAUGAUCCCUUUCGUGACGCGGCCAAAGUCAAGAGGAUACGUCAAGUUGCGCUCCACGGACCCUGAGGAUCCCCCAAUCAUCGUCUCGGGCUACUACACACACCCCGACGACGUCAAGGUCAUCGUUGAAGGCCUGAAGUUCGUUCACAACAUCACAAAGACGAAGGCGUUCGAAGAGAUAGGCGGCCGCAUGUGGACCGAGGUGUUUCCAGGCUGCGAGGAGCACGAGCAAUACAGCGACGAAUACUGGGCCUGCCUGGCACUGGCAUUCCCAAAGACGGCGUACCAUCCGGCCGGAACCUGCCGAAUGGGCAACGACCACCGGGCAGUGAUCGAUCCCAGGAUGAGGGUUCGCGGGGGCGUCACCAACCUUCGCGUGGUGGACACGUCGGCCAUCCCGGAGAUGAUCACGGGCCACCUCAACGCACCGGUCAUCAUGAUGGCUGAAAAGGCGGCCGACAUGAUCCUCGAGGACAACGGGAACGUGGUUCCGGACUCGCCGAGGCUCAACUACCGCGUCCGAGGACGCUCCCCUCAAGGAUCGCUACAAGGAGCCCACUCGGCUGCUGCGGCGUCGACUCUCUCGCAGGCCGCGCCGUGGCCGCUGCUUAGGGCCAUGGUGCCCGUCUUGCUCGCGUGCUUGGCAGUUUCGUGACGCUCCGCUUCGGUGCUGUUGGCGUCAACAUUGCAGCUAGGAAAUAAUGUGGUGCGAAUGUUGCCUCACAUUAUGUCUUUGUCCGAGGACGUGUAGGCCAUGCAUUAGCGCUCUCCCUCUACGCCAUACUUCACAGCCGUGAAUAUGCCUCGCUAGGCGCGGAGAUAAAGAGAAAAUUUUUUUUCUGCAGCAACGUUGUGCAUAUUUUUUUGGAAGUUUCGUGUGGCAGCAAUCAACUUCCAGGAGCGUGAAAAAAGUAAUAAUUCGAAUUGCAUUGAUCAGCAUGAUUGUGAUCUGUGAAAAACAUUUUCUUAGAAAGACAUACCACUACAGUGCGAUUUGGAUUAGACAAAACAAUAGACAAGUGGCAAGCGCUUCUUUAUUCGUUUGCUUUAUGUGGACUUCUGUUCUAGUUUACUAUUAGGUAAAGAAAUUUUGCCGGGAACAGCAAUGCGGCAAGGAAUCGAAAGUUGCUGUAGUUCACGAGUGCUUCGAGCAGUGUGCGCUUAGGCCAGUACACCAGCUGGCCUUGAUUAGUUGUGGACGUCCACCUCAAACCAAUCUAAAAAUUUCAAAAGCGCAUGCUUACGUUCACGCAUAUCAACAUCGUCUUCCAACAUCAUGGCAAACAUCCUUCAGAAGUGUCCACCGUUUUGGCAGCAAACUCCGCUAGGGUAGUUUCGAUUUCCCUCAAGAAAUCGAUUGCCUCAUGAAUAAAUAUGCAGUAAAGCGAAUGUUGUUGCAUAAGCAAACCUGAUGCCUGCUAAAACAGUUCAGCCUGCGCGGACGGUGUGUAAUCGUUUUUUUCCUCUCUUCAUGUCGGGAAAGUCUAGUCCCAGGCAGGAUAUGAGUGGAAUAAUGAUGCCGGAAGGUUAGGUGUAUGCCGAUUCUAUUAAAAAAAAGCACCUCUGUAACCGUGAUGCCAGAUUUUCGUAUGUUUGCUUACAGCAUGGACCGUGUACACUGCAAGUGAUUCUGCUAGUGAAUUUGUACACACUGCAGGCUCGAAAAUACGCUCAGUAGUGUCGGCAUUAUGACGGUAGGUGUAUCAGUUCCUUUCAUCGCCGAGGAAUGUUUUCGCCAUCUCAAGCACCUCAACACUGCUACCUGAGGUAGUAUUAUGUUAUUUUGAUUCUCAAAAUAUAUGUUCUUUAGUUCAUACGGCACCUUAAACUUAAGAUAAACGGCAAUCUAGACACCAGCACUUUCAUGAAAUCAAGUAGUGGCAGCAUGCAUCACCUGCAGACCUUUUAAAUGUAUUCUUCGAGGAUACACACGAACUAAACAUGCGGUUUGCAUGUAUAUAGAUUGUAACUAUGUCCUAGAUGUUAUAAGUGAAGAAAAAAUGUUGAUGGGGACAGAGCUAACGACUAUAUUUCAACGUUACGGUAAUGUCUGCACCAGAUCUCAAGGUCUUUGGCACGUGAUGAUUUCCGCGUACUGCCAGUUAGAUACCUCGGUGAAAAAUGGCUUGAAUUGCUGCUCCCAAAUGGUAUAGAUUUUGCAAGAGUCGAAGUAUAUGCGAGGCUUUAUGAGUUGUGAUAUAGCCGAAGCAAGGCCCAGACGUAUACGGCAUUGCCUUAGUUGUGUUAUUGUUAUGUUUGUCUUUCACCUUUUCGCAAAUGCGAAGCGUGUUAAACUGUCUUGAAUAAAAUUGUCAUUCUCAUUCUUCA